AAUUCAGGUGAAUUUCGCGUGUAAAGGAAAUAGAUCUUCUUAUAUUCUUCUGAAUGGAUUAGGAAGCCUUAGGAGAGUUUUGGCGUCACUCUCACCUUGCGAAUAUAAAGCGAAUCGACCUACUUCAUUCGACAGUCGAGUGGUCAAACUUGGUUCUAACGAGAGCUGGAAAAAUGGUUGUUAAUUUCAAAGUGUACAAAAAAUCUUCCCCCAAUGGAAAAAUUGCGCUGUAUCUGGGCAAACGGGACUUCAUCGACUACCUCUCGGGAGUGGAGCCCGUGGAUGGAGUGAUUCUUCUCGAUCAGGAGUAUAUGGACAGUGAGCGUCGAAUAUGGGGGCAGUUAAUUUGCAGUUUUCGCUAUGGACGAGAGGAGGACGAGGUGAUGGGUCUCAAUUUCCAGAAGGAUCUCUACCUCGUCUCCGAGCCCCUCUAUCCCGAGAAGAAGAAACACGACACGAAUCUGACUAAACUACAGGAUCGCCUGAUGAAGAAACUUGGACCAAAUGCUAUUCCGUUCACCUUCUGCUUCCCCCAGACGGCGCCCUCGAGCGUCACCCUCCAGCCAGACCCGGAGGAAACCGGAGAACCCUGCGGGGUGAGUUACUACGUGAAAAUCUUCACCGGCGAAAGUGACUCCGACAUCAGCCACAAACGGAGCACCGUCUCCCUCGGAAUUCGCAAAAUUCAGUUCGCUCCCACCAAGCAGGGGAGCCAGCCCUGCACCGUCGUUCGCAAGGACUUUCUCCUCAGUCCCGGGGAGUUGGAACUCGAAGUCACCCUGGACAAGCAACUCUAUCACUACGGAGAGCGAAUUGCCGUCAACAUCAGCGUCAAGAACAACAGCAACAAGGUGGUCAAGAAGAUAAAGGCUCUGGUCCAGCAGGGCAUUGACGUCGUCAUCUUCCAGAACGGCCAGUUCCGAACGGUGAUUCACGCCGUUGAGACGCAAGACGGAUGCCCCAUUAAUCCGGGCUCGAAUUUGCAGAAGGUCCUCUACCUGAAACCCGAUCUCGAUGGAAACAAGCACCGAAGGGGAAUUGCCCUGGACGGACAGCUGAAGAACGAGGGAAGCAGCCAACUGGCCUCGAGCACUCUGCUCACUUCGCCGGAUGUUCGCGAUUCUUUCGGAAUCGUCGUCUCCUAUGCCGUCAAGGUCAAGCUCUAUCUCGGUGCACUCGGAGGCGAGGUAUCCGCUGAAUUGCCAUUCAUUCUGAUGAGACCAAAGCCCGUUGACAGGGUAAAGUUAAUCAAUGCCGACGGGAUUGUAAUUGAGGAAGCAUCCCAGGAGAAGAUCUGCACUUAAAUGAAUAUUCUGCAAAUAAAAUUGAUUUUAUCUAAAGCUGAUCUAUUGUCAAUAUGCGGGUACAGGUACCUUUGGCUGUGACGAAAAGAAGUUGCUUCAAUACCUCAUUAAGUUUCAGAAAAUAUUUCAAGUCACAUAUUUGUGACUUCAGUGAAGGAGAAUUCUUUGAUGGUAGAUUAAGAAUACAUUUUUUUUCCUCUUCCUUUUUGCAUCCGCAACACCAUUAUUCAUCUUGAAAGAUUAAUUUACUUACUUCAAAUUUACUUCAAAAUCAAUUGAAACGUAUUUGCAAUUUUUGAUUUACGAUUAGUACAAAAAAAUUCAGGAAACAAAUUAUUUCUUUUCCUUUUCUUGUUUGUU